CAACGUCUCCUAGCAGCGGAACGUGGAGAAGCAACUUCAACCCUCCGUCUCCAACUGCUGCGAUGUCGCGGUCUUCUUGACAGCUUCGACGAAGGUCAUGAUAUAAGCCCGCCUCGCGCUGUUCAGCAUGGAACAGCCAUUCUCAACCUCGAAAGUAACAGUCGAGUACCAUGAUCCCUACGAUGUCUACAAGCUGCUAGCGCCGGGCCUGAUCCCUCGCCUCCCGCUGCGCGAUCUCAACUGGCAGUCGCACGCGGGCCCACUACGUUCCAUCAACACCCUCCACAUCGAGCUGGUCCCAGCCGGCGUCGAUUAUUCGGCCAUCUUUACUCCGCUCUCCUCUCCGAACCCGAAGACCCCGAGUCCUGGCGAUACUGCCGUGUCGGCCAGCCGCGACGAUGGUUUCCAGACAGCACCCAUUGGCAGCAGGGCAGGUUCCACGGAACAGCAGGGUGAUUCGGUGGCCGGCACACUACGCCCACCAGCAGGAGGCGCCGCCAAGGAACGCAGACACCAGAUUCCCGGCCUGCGCAGGACACCCUAUCUCAAGGUUCUGUUAGUGAGAUGCGACGACAACGACUCGUACAAGGCAACCACGAGAUCCGAGAUACGCGAGUGGAUCAAGACGAACACGGUCGGCAUCCAGGGGAAGUCGGGCAGCACCGCCGAGAACCAUGACGCCUUUGAGUGGCUUAUCAUUCACGUUGUCCUGCCCAAUUCCACCGCAGCGACCCAGCCUCGUAUCUCGGGCAAGGCACCAGACUCGAGCUCCGAUGCCAAGACGUCGUCCCGAUGGCGUGGGGGAUCGAGCACCUUGCUGGAGAAGAUGCGCGCCGACUUCAACGGCUCCUCCAAAGGCGCCGUUGACCGUGUGAGGCAAAUCCGCAUCGGUAUCAACGACGUGCCGUAUAACAUGCUGCCGCGCGUCGUUCCGGCCGUGCCAACGGGAUACACCGAGACGGAGCAAGAUGCCGAGGUCGCCUGGACCGACUUAAUUACGAAGUUCAAGGAGCUCAUCCUCUCAAGUUUCGACAGGCGCGUCAGUCAGUAUGAGGAGGAUAUCAAGGAGAGAGAUGCCCAGAGGAGCCUUCCCGGCUGGAACUUUUGUACCUUUUUUAUCCUCAAAGAAGGCUUGGCCCGCGGGUUCGAGAGCGUGGGUUUAGUCGAAGACGCUCUCGUCGUGUACGAUGAGCUGAGUGUCGGAUUGGACAACAUCAUCAAAGAGCAGGCGAUCGCGGAAUCUGCCGAGACACACGGUGGCGCGCUGCUCAGUUACACUGAAGACUUGAAAGAGCUCGCCCAGAGAGCCAUGGCCGAGAUUGGGGGGGGACAACUUGAGUUUGACGAUGAGGAAGCCGUCGACCUCCAAUCUACGGGAAAGAAGCGCACCGAGACCUUUGACAGCAUUCCCAUCAGCUCGUCCAGAAAAUCAUACCGGGAUCUCAUCCUCGCCAACAACGUGUCGCUCUUUGACUUUAGAUGCUACAUUUUCUCUCGCCAGAUCGCGCUUCUCCUCCGCUUGGCAAAUGCGUGGUCGACGCGGGAAGAGCUCCUUGCUAAGCUCAAGGAGCAACAAGAGCUGGCCCCUCGCGGCGUUGCUCCUAGGACGCCUAUGCCAAAGAUGACGGAGGAGCCAGAGAUCUUGCUGCAUCUCGCUGAGAUAUGCAAGCGGACGCUCGAGUUCGUCCCAGCCGUGUCGGCGGUCAUGAGGGCAGACAUCGUGGCAGCCAAGGUUGAGGGAGAUAGAGCUGAGGCCCAGCUGCCCCUAGACCCAUUGCUCUCAGAGGUCAUUGACAACAUGGUCUCUUCUUUCGCCUUCUCUGUCGCCCAGCAGAUCCUCGCCCAGACUUCAACAAAAGCCCUUCCCAUUCCGCCGUCGACGCUCGGCACGCCCGAGGCCCACGAGCAAAAGGCUGCAAUACCGGAGCCGAAAACCAUGAUGCAUCCGGCCCGGAGCUCAUCACUCAUCACCCAAGCGCGUCCGGGCCCGCCGUUGAGUCCGCUCGGGUUUCCGGGACCUGGCCGUCCCGAGGAAGCCGGCCCUGCUCCCCCCUAUCUCAAGUCUGGUCUCGAAGAGCUCGCGGCCCAAAGAGCCGAGCUGUGCACUUUGUCCAGAAACAUCCUCCAUGAGUGCGGCAAGAAACGGGGUUGGACGGACGGCUGGGCGUUGGUGCCUAUAGUUGGAGAAACGGGCAUAUCCGAGAUGGAGGACAUCAACCUUGAGGACGACGACAAGGCUGAGCCGAAGUCAGAGGUCUCAGAACACCUUCAAAGGUCGGUUUCUGGCGUGGGCAAUACUCUUUUACGGACAGCCCUCGACAACAAGGACGACUUUUACCGCCUGUACGAGACGCUGAUUGAUAAGGCACUGCGUCACUACACGGUGGCCAGCCACACGCACUCGGUCCAGGCCGGCAUGGCCGACCUCGCCGUGCUCAAGUUUCACCUGGGCGAGUACAAUGAGGCAGCCUUUUACUUUUACCGCGUCAUCCCCUUCUUUGGCCAGAGCGGGUGGAGCCUCCUCGAGCUGUCCAUGCUGGUUAUGUACGCGCGGUGUCUGAAGGAGCUCAAAAAGCUGGACGACUACGUCAAUAAGGCCCUGUUCCAGCUGCUGACCAAGGCUGCUGCUGCGGAACGGGAUCGGCUGCAGCAGAGAUUGCGGUUCCGCGUCGGGCUCCCCGCGGCCACCCAGUAUCCCGAGGCGUCGGCGAUAUCCGGGUACCUUGCAGACCUGUUGAGCGUCUCAGUGUCACUGGAGAAAGACGUCAAGAUCCCAUUGGUGAAUUUCUUUUGCGACUUGGGCCUGGAUGGACCACCGAUGUACGACGAAGGCCAGGACAGCUUCUCGCUUUUCUUGGAUCUGCACAGCCUGCUAGUGGACGAAUUCAAGGCCGACACAGUCAGAGUGCGAAUCUCGAGCCCCGCGGCUGGAGGCAACAAGGAAAUAUGGUUGCAGACCAAGGACCCAGUUACUAUCCGCCCUGGUCCGAACAAGGUGAAGGUGCAGGGCACGAUGAUGAUGGCUGGGACCUUCGAGCUGGAUCAAAUCCGCUUGUGCAGCAGCAAGGUUCUUCUACACUAUGAGCGGGACGCGUACCAACCGGCCGAUAAGGCGUCGGCCGUCAAAAACGCGCGAGUGGCGCUCUAUCAGCGCACCAGCUGCCUCGACGUGGAGCUCACGGGCGCCCCGGACCUCCAGCUCGACAGGAAGAAGUCGCUGGAUCUGGAGCUGUCGACCGGGUGGAACGACAUCACGAACUGCGAAGUCAGAAUCAAGGCGGCCACGGGCGGUUUGAGGCUCGUCAUGAGCGAGGCCGAGGUGUUGGGGUCGCUCCAACCGACCAAAUCGCAGGGAGGCUCGUUCAUGUUUGGCGCCAUGCCAGCACACAGCUCGGUCAAGAUCAGGUUCCCUUUUACAGUUGAAAACGAUGUCCUCGUCGUGACCGUCCGAGCCGAGGUAAUCUACUCGACUGACAAGGGAACGUUUUCCUUUUUCAAAGCGUCCUCAGUUCCGAUUGCGCUCGCCUUGGAGGUCAAUGUGCAAGAUAUCUUCAAGCACGAGGCUCUCUUUUCGAGGUUCGCCGUGUCCACGGCUAGUGACAGCCCCCUGCGGCUGCUGAAGAGCGAGUUGCUGGGUUCGGACCUUUUCGAGGCGCACUUUGGGCAGCCGUCGAACCAGCCAGUGCUGGUUUUCCCCAAGCAGCCGGCAAGCCUGCUGUACAAGAUCACGCGGAAACCCGGGUCUAAGCUCGGGCCCAAGGUGAGAAAGACGCUGUACCUCAAGCUCUACUAUAGCGUCAUCCAAGACGAAAUCCGAGACCUCUUCAGCCGCUCUCUCACCGCCAAACUCGAGUCGACCCCGCUCAAGGAGUUCUCCAAGCUGGUGGUCUCCAAAGUCCUCGGGCGCGUGCAAAACAACCUCUCAGCGUUCGACCUCGAAAAGGCCACCCUCCUCGGCGAGCUCCCCACUUCCUUCCUCUCAGCCAUCAACUGGGAGAAGCAAUUCCCGGGUCUCGGCGCCAGUAGCCAGCAGGUAUCAGCGUUCCUCCGCGCCUGGCUUCACGCCCACCCCACCCUCCCCCUUCUCUUCCACUACCCCGAGCUACAACCAUCAACAAAGACGAACACGAUCCUCAUCCCGGUCGACAUCCCGCCCGUCUCGGUGGUCCACACAGCCGACAUCCGUCUGCACCAGCCGUUGCCCAGCCUCACGGAUGAUGCAGCGGGUUGUCCUCCGACGGUGGUAGUCAACCAGGUCCUGCCCGCGACACUGCAUCUCAAGUGGACCAGGAUAUGGGACACGUCGUCUGCCGGCGACCGGCGGAACCAGGACCUCGAGUUUGGGUACGAGAUCGUGGCGGCGAGUGAUACUUGGUUGGUGGGCGGGAGGAGGAAGGGACAUUUCGUCAUUCCUGCUUAUGAGCCUACUAUAACAACAGAUGGAGAUGGUGGUGGUGGUGGUAGUGGUGGUGGGGAGGGGAUGAUGAGCUCGACGGUGGAAACAGAGGCCGAGAUUCCAGUUGUGCUUGUCCCGCUCAGGGAGGGGUGGUUGAGUUUUCCGGGGGUCGAGAUCAAGCCUGUCGGGGGCGGCGGCGGUGGUGGGCGUGGUGAGGAUGGGGCUGCUGUUGGCGGGUAUGGGCAGUGUGAGACAGACUUUAGGAACUUGGGCGAGACGGUGUGUGUGGUUGCGGACCGGGGCAAGGUCACGCUGAGUUUGGAUGCCAGUGGCGCGUCCGGGGGACCGUUAGUACUCGAGUGUGAGGGGUGGGCGGGGGGCGAGGGACGGGUUGUCGUUUGA